AUGGAAAAUUACGGAAUAGAUGAUAUGCUGGAAACAUUCAGGAAUGCCUCUUGGUUCUCCAGUUUAGAUUUGGCCAGUGGGUACUGGCAAGUCUCCAUAGCCGAACAAGACAGGAAAAAGAUGACCUUUGUCACCAAGUUCGAGGUUUAUGAGUUUAAUGUUAUGCCUUUCGGUCUCUGUAAUGUGCUAAAGGAGUAUAUUGGGCAAUUUGUUGCUGUCUACCUAGAUGACAUUACUGUCUACUCUAGAACUUUCUGGGAACACAUGGAUCAUUUGAAAAGGCCUCAACAUAAGGCAUUUGAAACAUUGAAGCGCCAUUUGACUACUGCCCCAAUUUUACAAUACCCAAAUUUUGAGAAGACAUUCUACUUACACACGGAUGCUUCAGGGAUAGGUCUUGGGGCCAUGUUGUCCCAAAAAGAUGAAAAAAAUAGGAAGCAUGCAUUAAGCCUUUUGUGUAUCACGGACCAUGCCACUCUUAAAUGGUUGGAGACAUCGAAAUUGAAAGGAAGAAGAGCAAGUGUAAAUGCACUAUCCAAUCUCCCCGAAAUAAAUGAUAAUGAGAAAGAAAACCGGCCAGAAGAAGCUAGGGAGGUUUUUAAAGUUGAUGUUAUAUGUAUAGAAGAUAGUGAAGAUGAAUGGUACUCAGAAAAUGAAGAUUAUAAAGAGGACUAUAAGGAUGAAGGGGAUUACGAAUCUGAGGUGGAUGAAAGUGAAGUAGUAGACAUGAAUCGGCAGGAACAAGGGUAUGAACAAUUAUUACAUGAUUUCGAAGUAGAAUCAGGCCGUAAAUUGUUAUGGGAAGGCCAUAGUGAUAUUGCCCAACAGUG